AUGAAGAGGCUGGUGGUCCUGAGGAGGUGCGAGCCGAUCGUGCGGUUCAGCUGCUGCGGUGUGCGGUAUGGCGAGUGCCGCCGCAACCACGCCGCCAGCACGGGGGGCUAUGCCGUGGACGGUUGCCGGGAGUUCAUCGCCGAGGGCGAGGAGGGCACCUUCGGCGCGCUCAAGUGCUCGGCCUGCGGCUGCCACCGCAGCUUCCACCACAGGGUGCAGGUCUACGAGGUUGCAUGGGACUGCGAGUCCGAUACGUCGUCGUCGUCUUCAAGCAGCAGCUAG